CCCUGUGCAGUGUCUUCAGUGCAAGUAACAGAGUGUAUAUUUUACUUGAAAACCAUGGGGAUAUUAAAUGUUUUUCUUCAGGCCUUCAGUUCUACCUUCUUGUUGGGGGCUCUGACAGUCCUCCUGCUCAUCUAUUUAAUAUCCUCUGCUAGCUUCAAUACCCAGGAUCCCCCAGGACCCAGACCAAUUCCCUUGUUUGGGAACUUGCUUCAGAUGAACCUGAAAAGACCCUACAAAACAUUACUGGAGCUGUCCAAGAAAUAUGGAUCAGUCUUCACUGUCUAUUUUGGACCCCAAAAAGUGGUGGUGCUGGCAGGAUACAGGACAGUGAAGGAGGCACUUGUUGACUAUGAUGAAGUGUUUGGAGACAGAGAUCCAUUUCUAAUUGUGCAUGAAAUGAACCAUGGAAAUGGAGUUGUGUGGUCCAACGGUGAUUCAUGGAAGGAAAUGAGGCGCUUUGCACUGACUAACCUGAGAGACUUUGGGAUGGGCAAGAGAGCGUGUGAGGACAAAAUUAUCGAAGAAUGUCAAAGACUCCUUGAAGUUUUUAAGAAAUUUAAAGGAGAAGCUUUUGAUACAAACCAAAGAUUAUCCUAUGCAGUCUCUAAUAUAAUCUGCUCCAUGGUCUAUGGAAGCAGAUUUGAAUAUAAUGAUCCAGAGUUUACAUCUCUGGUAGAUCGAAUGAGCAGAGGGGCUAAACUUUUGGGUUCUCCUUCAGUACAGAUGUACAACAUGUUUCCAGCACUCUUCAAGUGGAGUGGUGCCAGGAAGGAACUGCUCAAAUUGUCUGCUACCAGUACCAAACAAAACAGAGCCUUCUUCAGUCAUUUACAAGAGACUCUGAACCCACAGAUGUGCAGAGGCUUUGUGGAUGCCUUUCUGGUCCGAAAGCAAACUCUGGAGGAAUCAGGGAUUACCAACAGUCACUUCCAUGAUGAUAACCUUUUGAUGACAGUAAUGAACCUGUUUGCUGCUGGCACUGAGACAACAUCAACUACACUGAGAUGGGCACUUCUGCUUAUGGCCAAGUAUCCAAGGAUUCAGGUUGAAGUCCAGGAGGAGCUGAGGAGGGUCAUAGGAGACCGACAGGUGCAGGUUGCUGACAGGAAAAACCUGCCCUUUACUGAUGCUGUCAUCCAUGAGACACAGAGACUGAGCAGCAUCAUCCCCACUGCACUUCCUCACAAAACCACCCGAGACAUCACUUUUCAGGGUCACUUUAUCAAGAAGGGAACCACAGUUUUUCCUCUCUUGACAUCUGUCCUGCAUGAUCCCAACGAGUGGGAGAGACCACACAGCUUUUAUCCUGCUCACUUCCUGGACAAAGAGAAAAAGUUUGUCAAGCGAGAUGCCUUCAUUCCCUUUUCUGCAGGUCGCAGGGUUUGCCUGGGAGAGAGUCUGGCCAGGAUGGAGCUCUUCCUCUUCUUCACCACCCUCCUUCAGCAUUUCCGUUUCACCCCUGCACCUGGAGUUUCAGAGGAUGAAUUAGAUCUGACUUCAGCUGUGGGUUUUACCCUCAGCCCUUUGCCUCAUAAACUGCGGGCUAUUUCCCGUAUGUAAGGAAAAUGCAUUUGAACGCUGUACCAGUCUUCUCUGAAUCACGUUAUUAUUUCAGGACAUACAAUAAUAAAUUUGUAGAAGAAAUUGAU